AUGGGUGCCACAAACUUUGCGCAAGCCCCACCAGUGUCCAAUGCAGACAUAACGCAGGGUCCAGAGGCAACUACUCGUGAAACCCAACGGUCUCGAUCAGUGAGUUCAGUAUUCACAAACGUAGAAAUGCCAAACCAAGUCGUGAUUACAAACCAGCAAACAACCUCACCUGUAAACAAUCCAUCACAGCCGCAUUAUGUCAGAAGACGACGACAACGACGAGCCAACCGGCAGACACAGUAUUCAUGCAAUAUGUGUGAAGAAUCAUUUUGUAGAGCUAGGCAUUUGAUUGAGCACACCAAAGCUGUGCAUGGCAAGUUCAAAUGCCAAACGUGUGGUCAAAGGAUUGCAAGUCGACCCAAUCUAUUGCGUCACGAAAUAAUGCACUCCGAUCAACGUCCACAUAAGUGUAGCAUUUGCUCCAAUGACUUCUAUCGUCAAGAUCAUUUAAAGCGUCAUAUGGACAGCAAGCAUCGAGGUUAUAAUGCAGAAUUGGAUAUGGUUAGAGUUGAUGCAACAGAAGUGCACCCAAAUACAUUGGCACGGCAACAGUUAUAG